AUGCCUAUCGGAAGUGUGGAGUGUUUUCGUGCCGGAUCAGACUGGGAUGCUUACGUGCGACGGGUUAAGCAAUUUAUAGCGUUAAACGCGAUCGAAGACAAGUUACACGUGGCGUCACUAGUAACGUUAGUCGGUGCGGAGUGCUAUGAGCUUAUGUGUGAUUUGUGUGCACCUUCUAAACCUGAGGACAAAACAUUCGACGAAUUAGUUAAGUUGGUACGGGAGCAUUUGGAACCCGAGAGAUCGGAAAUAGCGGAACGACAUAUUUUCCGUCAGAGAAAGCAGCUACACGGGGAAAGCAUACGUGAAUACCUACAGAAUUUAAAACACCUGGCCAAAACGUGUAACUUCGGGACGGGUCUCGAGGUCAACAUUCGCGAUCAAUUCGUGUCGGGGCUGCUGAGCGAGGAGAUGAGGUCGAGGCUAUUUGCCGUGCGGGCUAUCGACUACAAGCGUGCAGUAGAGCUCGCCUUAGCGUUGGAGGCGGCAGAGAAGCACGCUUCGGUGAGCACUUCGGCGGGCGCGUCGACAUCGGCGUCGGCGCCGCCGGACGACGGCCUGCAUCGCGUGGGCGCGGCGCGGCGGCGCAGCGCGGGCCCGGCGGCGGCGGCGACGGCCGCGCCGCGGGCGCCGUGUGCGCGCUGUGGCAAGACCGGUCACGCGGAGGGCAGGUGUCGCUACAAACAUUUUUCAUGCGACGCGUGCGGUGAAAAAGGUCAUUUAAAAGUGAUGUGCAGAAAGGAGGUAUCUAAAAAGUCAGCAAAAGGUGAGGACUCGAUGGCAGAAACUCUUAAGCAAGAGUUUCCAGAAGUGUUCGCUGGGGGUUUAGGCACGUUCAAGUCGCGUCUGCAGCUCCGCCUUAAGGACGACACGCCGGUGUUCGUUAAGGCGCGGCCGCUACCGCUGGCGCUCCGCGAGCGCGUAGAACAGGAGCUCGAUCGUCUGCAGCGGGAGGGAGUCAUUUAUAAAGUUGAAAGAUCUGAAUAUGGCACCCCCAUUGUACCUGUUGUAAAAGCUAGUGGUGCCAUACUGUUAGCGCACUAUAAUCCAUCGCUGCCGCUAAUCCUUUCGGUGGACAGCAGCCCUUACGGUCUGGGCGCGGUCCUGACUCAAAAGGGCGCGGACGGCGUGGAGCGACCGCUGUGUUGCGCCUCGCGCACACUGAACGCCGCCGAGUGCAACUACUCGCAGCUAGACAAGGAGGCGCUAGCGAUCGUAUUUGGGGUCACUAAGCACCACCAGUAUGUGUACGGACGCAAGUUCACAUUGCGGACGGACCACAGGGCACUCAGCUACAUAUUCGGCAAGAACAAAGGGGCUGUUUAA